AUGGCGUGGUCUGGCAUCGAUCAGGAGGACGCGAGCAAGACCGGCAAGGACGCCACAUCGUCCACCAACGCCUCCCGCAAGUCCAUUUCCGUCGAGCGGCCGGCCGUGCUGCUGCCCCUCGUCACCCGCCUGACGCGUCUCACGCCGCCCGCCCUGUCGAGCGGCCGGCGUGCCGACUACGACGCGGCGCUCUCGGCCAUAGGGUUCGGCCGCUUCCACUGGUGGCUGCUAAUCACCAUCGGCUGGGCGAACGCGGCAGACGCCGUCGAGCUGCUGUGCGUCUCCUCCCUGCUGCCGGCCGCUGAAUGUGACCUGCACAUGACGCCCGAGCAGAAGGGCUACCUCUCGUCGUCGGCGUUCGUUGGUCUGAUGAUCGGCGGCUACGUCUGGGGCGGCCUCGGCGACGCCAUCGGCAGGAAGGCGACGCUGAUCUCGGCGCUGCUCUUUAACGCCCUCUUCGGUGCCCUGUCGUCCGUGAUGCAGACGUACUGGCCAUUCCUGGUCUGUCGCUUCCUCAGCGGUGUGGGGGUCGGCGGCGCAACCCCGCUGGUGUUCUCGUACUUUUCCGAGUUCUCGCCGAAGGAGUACCGCGGCCGGAUGAUCAGCUUCGUGUCCUACUUCUGGAUCAUUGGCAACGUCGUGGUGGCAGCUAUGGCGUGGAUUGUGAUACCACGUCACAUAGGAUACAUAUCGAGCUCUUUCAAGUAUGAUUCUUGGCGCAUCUUCGUCCUUUUAUCAACUAUGCCGAGCUUCCUCUCUGGUCUGGCGUUGACGCGGUUUCCUCGCAGCGCCCAGUAUCUUCUAUCCAAGGGCCGCAAUGAAGAGGCACUCGAGAUUCUGCGGAGUGUGUACCGCUUCAAUGGCGGCAAGGUGGACGAUUAUCCGAUUUCCCGUCUGGAGAUCGUCGACUGCGAGGAGUCGAGGAACCGCUCGCUGCUGGAGGUGGUGGUGUCGGUGAUUCGGUCCACGGGCCAGCUGUUCACGACCUGCCUGCGUCCCACGCUCAUCAUGAUGGGCAUCAACUUCUGCAUCCAGUUCGGGUAUUACGGCCUGUGGGUGUGGUUUCCGGAGCUGUUCAACCGCCUGGAGCAGUACCACGAGCAGUACCCGGGCUCGUCGGCGUCCGUGUGCAGCAUCAUCGACGCCGCCGUCGCCAGCAACGCCACGGACCCGUGCGCCUCGGCCGCGGACGUGACCGCCUACCAGGACGAGUUCAUCGUGGCCGUCGCGCCCAUGGUGCUCAACGUCUGGACGAUCGUGCACAUGGACCGUCUCGGCAGGAAGUUCUUCUUGGUGUUCGGUAUGUGUCUGUCGGGCGUCAGCGUCUUCCUCAUCUACGUCGUGAAGGAGUCUUGGCAGAACCUGGUGCUCUCCUGCCUGUUCGGGUCGGUCUCCAACCUCAGCUUCUGUGCCAUCAACUGCGUAUCUGCCGAGCUGUUUCCUACCCAUUUGAGGUCCACGGCGAUCGCUGUACAGAUGGUGGUAGCUCGCGUUGGCGCGAUCCUGGGCACUUCGGCGUUCGGUCAGCUGCUGUACAUCAACUGCGCCGUGCCGCUGCUGCUGGUGGCUGGGCUGCUGGCAGGUGGCGGCCUGUUGUCCCUGCUCCUACCGAACACCACCCGCGUGCCUCUGAGCUGAGGGGCUGAUCGCUCGUCCCGAGGAGCCGGCGGGCUGUCGGCGGCGCUUCGGCAUUCGGGACCAGCGGUGGCCUGUGUUGUGUUCGUGUUUGCGUGAUGUUUCUGGGGGGCGCGCGAGUCCCUGUUGGUUUGCAAACGUCCGAUGAUGACCAUUGGGGAUUACGCUGCCGGCGUAACUGCUGACCUUACCUUUGACCGACUGACCUUUCUUACCGAGUGUAUUAUUUCAGGAGGCGGGAUUAUUAACCUGGUAUCGCUGGGUCUUUGGUCAUUUCACACACCGCAUCGACACUGCAGUGUGUGAUGGAUCUGAUAUCUCAUCAUGUUCAUGUUGAUAUUGGGAAUGUGGAGCGCUAUUUUACUUUUUCCGCACCUUUCAUUCGACCGUCCUGUCACAUUCCAAGAGUACGAUGCGUUAUAUUCUGAACGGGCAUUACGUUCUCCAUCGCGCGAAUAAUCUUCCUGCCAACGCGUUUACAAACUUCGAGUGUGCCUGGCGGAGGUGAUGUUGAUAAAUUUACCUGAGUAAGCGACCAUCAUUGAAAAUAGUCUUGUCUCGUGAUUGCAUUCCAACUUACUUCGACUGCACUGGCACUGGAAUCGCCGCCGAACUGCCCACAUCCCCAGCGUGUGCAGCAGCCACGUGUACAGCAGCGUGUAGCAGCUUAGCUGUACCCAGAUUGUGUGAUCGUGUGGGUGAGCAUUGACGUUACAUGUUACGCCCCGCAAAUGUAGGCCACCAAGCAGAUCUAUUCGUGUUAUGCGACUGCGGUAUGGUGCCAGUGCAGUAUGAUUCCCACUCAGAUAUAUGAGCUGAUGACCGGUAUCCGACGGUGUACCGACGAUCCGUCUGUUCGGUCACGUUUGCAGAUCCGAGGUUGAUUUAAAGCUGUUGGGGUAUACGAGGGGAAUAGGGAGAUGCCGUCAGGCACAGGGCUCAUGAGGCAAAUUGAACCAUAAAGGUGUAUUGUGUUAUUCAGUCUUUUACCAACAGGAUAGCCCCCAAGGGCCUUUAUCCAGUUGUUACGUUUUUCUGUGUUCUUGUUGUUGAUUUUAAUUUGUGGCUGAAUAAAGGGAUCCGUCCAAGAA